CGCCGCGAACAAGAUGAAGAUUGACGGCAUGGUUGCCUUGGUAACGGGAGCGGCAAUGGGCAUUGGCAAGGCCAUCUGUCAGAUGCUGCUGGAGAAUGGAGCGAAGGGCGUCUGCUUGGUUGAUCUCGUUGAUGUGGGUCACAGAACUGCCGCCGAACUGGCCUCUAAGUAUGGAGAUGGCCGAACAAUAUUCGUCAAGGCGGAUGUUACGAACAAGGAACAGCUAGAAGCGGCAUUCGUUCAGACGAGGCAACAGUUUGGGAGACUGGACAUCGUUGCUAGCAAUGCAGGCGUCAUGACCGAAGUCAACUAUGAAAUGAUGAUCAACGUUAACCUG